AUGAAGCUCCUUUUUCAGCUUCAAGGUCAAUAUUGUUUUUCACUAAUCACAAAACAACGAAUUAUCCGUGCAUUUGUAUGGAACUAAGCUUCAGGAGCGGUCCACCUUAACUCACCUCCAUGUUAUGUUGCACUCAGAGAUCGACACUUUUCACUGGCAGGAUGGUGGUGGGCAGGACAAGCUACUGCUAACCUCGGCAGGACGGAGGGCGACACGGGAAGAGGAGCGCACUCGCCUCUUUUGGAUUCAUUCCCUCCAGGUGAAGAAGGAGGAGGAGAGGAAGAAGAAGAAGUUGUAUUGAUUGCCACUUCGAUCUGAGGGUGGUGCAGCUGCCUGGAAACCCUCGUCCUGCUCUGGCCCUGCUCAGCCCGCUGUGUCCCAGGUCACAGUCAGGAUGACGGGGUGCGCCAAACGCUGCAAACAGGGACUUGUCAAGUUUGCGCUGACCCUGCACAAACUGGUCACGGGGACUCUCAGCAAAGACAAAGCUGAUGAUGACUUGGAGAUGACCAUGGUGUGCCAUCGGCCAGAGGGCCUCGACCAGCUAGAAGCUCAGACAAACUUCAGCAAAAGGGAGCUUCAAGUGCUCUACAGGGGCUUUAAGAAUGAGUGUCCAAGUGGCGUCGUAAAUGAGGAAACUUUCAAGCAAAUAUACUCCCAGUUCUUCCCCCAUGGAGAUGCCAGCACUUACGCACACUUCCUGUUCAACGCCUUUGACUCAGCGCAUACCGGCUCCAUAAAGUUUGAGGACUUCGUGACAGCUCUGUCCAUCCUGCUGAGGGGCACCGUCACUGAGAAGCUACAGUGGACCUUCAACCUUUACGAUAUCAACAGAGACGGAUACAUCAACAAAGAGGAGAUGACCGACAUCGUCAGAGCGAUAUACGACAUGAUGGGGAAGUACACUUACCCCGUCUUGAAAAAUGACGCACCCAAGCAGCAUGUGGAUGCCUUCUUUCAGAAAAUGGACAAGAACAGAGACGGCGUGGUCACUCUCGAUGAAUUCAUCCUUUCUUGUCAAGAGGAUGAGAACAUCAUGAGGUCUCUACAGCUCUUUGAAAAUGUCAUCUAGACAACGGAGAAGAGGGGAGAUGAAAGCACAG